AUGGUUUCCGGCAGCUAUUCAUCGAAAAAGGCGGACGAUUUCGACACGGUGGACCCAUAUGCGGGUAUCCAGCUUGACACUGGCACCGCCGCAUUCAGCUUUCCCUUCGACGAUCCGAAACUACGCGAAGAGAAAAAACCCGCGCGCGCCCCUGCGAAGAGUAAACACAUCGGUAAUAGAUUAGUGCCCGUAUGUUCAUCUUGGUCCUAGUAAUUUGUUGACUUUUUGCAUUCGGAAGAUUGCAGCUCCGCCGCCGCCAACAUCUUUCACUUCUUCGACCACGAAAUACUUUGGAUGACAUUUAUUUCAGAUGUAAAAAGAUCCGAUCUGUCUUAGUGUCGGCGUAUGUAAAAAGCGCUACGAUUACGUAUGGAUAUGGUCGUGCUACUCAUGUGUCAGAGAUAAAAAUAUGCAUAAACGAAAACUAGCGGGGAGGUCUUGAUCUCGAAAUAUAUAAAAAAUAAUAAGUAAAAAUUUCCAGCGGGGGCCGUCGUCUCAAAAACCGGCAAUGAAAGUGAAACAGAAGACUCGGAGGACUUCGAAACACUGGAAGCUUUUCUGAAUGCGGGGAAGAAGAAGCAGAGGCCCUCAAGCGGACCGCUGUCGUCAAGUAUGUGAUAGUGCUCCUCCUAGCCAGCGAUCUUCAUGUUGCUCAUGCGCAUUUUCAUCGUCUGUGAUAUUUUUUUUUCUGUUCAUCUUGCCCGGGCAUGGCGUCAAUUGUUUCAAGGCUCUAUGGUCCUGUGAUAUUUAUUUUGAGGCGUCCGUCGUUCUCGUUUGUUCACCUGUGAUGUCUGUUUAUUGUUGGUUCAUAUUCUUAAACUGCUUGUUGAUGUUGUCGAUCUUGAUACGGGCGUUUGGAUUUCUCAUCCUCAUGUAUGUUCACUUUUGCACGAGCACGACCACAACACAGGUACUGCCGGUCCCGGUAUGUAGCCCAAGAAAAAACCCAAAAGCGUUACAGACAGGACACACUUUUGCGGGUUCUUUAGGAACAUGAACAUCACAGCAUCGCUCUGCAUCGCAAGAAGAGAAAACAAAGAUCUGGAAUGCGGAGAUCCUCAAGGAAAAGACUCACGAAGCUGGGAGGUAUCCCGAGCAUAGCGGGCGAGAUUGCCUUUCUUGCUUGAAGCAUGAUUUCUUUUCCGACCUACAGAGGUGCGUAAGAACCUGUAGCGCUCUUUUCGUUGCAAAGCGUCCUUCGUAGCUCUACGACCGGAAACUCAGAUCCUGCGGUAUCAUGUGCGAAAGUAUCAAUCUUACUUAGUACGUAGAACGAAAACCACUUGCACGAUGGAUAACCAAGUUUUCUUAGCGUAAGAAAUGGAAUUGGUAUACGCGGACUUACCUCCUUGAGAAGGGCAGGGCUUGUAGUGCCCGACUGCAAUUACUACUACGAGUGGGAGUGCGAUACUUUUGCCAUGCAUCUGCGACGCGAGUUGACAAAACGCUGCGCUGGUCCCUGGACGGGGAGGUGGAUUCGCCUGUUUUGGGCAGAAGUGGGGUAAGAAAUAUAAAUAUCAAAGACGAUGACCAACAAGAACAAACGGCUUUGCUUCAUAGACUCUUUUCCGUCUUUCUUCGCACAGAUCACUUGUCGUAUCCAUAUGACAGAAAGAACUGCAAGUACGAACAUGAUUUUGGUAUAAUAACUAUAAACCGCAAUCGCAAAUGAUACAGCUAUCACUCGACCCAAAGCAGGUGGCAGCUGCCGCGGCCUCGUCCUUGCCCGCGACGAAACGAAGCAAGGACAGCAGUGGCAGUAGCGGCAGCGCAUCGGGAGAGUCAUCGUCUUUCGAGGAGCAGGACGGUGAUGUGUUUGGCAAAGUCCAAAAUUGGUCUGACUUCAAGCUGAAGGCCACUGGUUCCAGUGUUGGUGCUGACGAAGGCACCUCGCCUACAAUUGCACCGCCAGCCGCCGCGACUUCUAAAAUCAGUGACGGUGGCAGGAGCGGAGCAGCUGAUCAUGCGACCGUAGCUACAAGAACGAGCCCGCCCAAGGAGGAUAUCAAAGGUUCGACCGCUGAUCAAAUCCACACGACGAGCGGAGGCGAGCAGCAGGAGUCGCGCCAGUUGUACAACAACAUCAGUAUAAUCAGUAAGAGGACGGGGGAUACCGAUACUCGCUCCGACAUCACUUCUAUCCCCGUCCUAGUAGAAAGCGCUUCCGCGCCGCGCCCCGUGACGAUCGAAUAUGAAUUAGAAGGCGACGAAUAUUCGGAGAUUUCCGAGGACAUCCUUCCGCGGGAGCAUUCCCUGGCCAGCGCCAGCCAAUCGUAUGUGGACGACUUCGACGAGUACGAAGAGAGCGAGGCGCCCGUGUCCCCCGCCGGCUCCUCAUCUUCUGCAGCAUUUGCAGGCGGUGCAGUGUCCUCCAGCAGCAAUAAAGCAGAAGCUCGCAUGUCCGCGCGCAGUGAGCGUUCGCAAGCGUCGUCGACCGCACGGCAGCAUCGCUCCGGUGAGGGUCGUAGUUCGUCUGCGUCGUCCUCGUCUUCAUCCUCUGCGGCAGCUGCGGGCUAUGGGAGUGUAGUCAGGAUUGAAAUCGUAAUCGACAAAGUUGAGAUAACUUGUAAUGCAUGAAAUCGAUACCAGUGGGCGGCCUAAUUUCCAAGCGGUUCCUGACAAAUUUCGGUACCGUCUAAAUCCAGUCUGUCAUGCAGUUUUUUUAGGGACAGAAGGCGUCUUUUGGCAUGCUACUUUAGCAGCUCUACUGCAGACCCCAAACAGGCGGACAGUCGGCCUCGCUUGCCAUCCCUGCACGGUAGGCGCUUCAUGUCGUGCAAUUUAUGCAUGAGAAAUUAUUUCAACUUUGUCGAUUUCGACCCUGGCGCUUCCAUACGGGCGAGGGCGAAGAUACUGUCGAGCAGUCCUCGAAGCGGCGGAAGCGGCCGUCUCCACGAGACCGCAGCGGUCUGCUGCGCAAGAGCCAGGGAGCAGACGGAACGACGGGCACUGGCGAGAGAGCCGGGACUUCGACUUUUUCCGCGCAGAGCAGUCCGGUCGCAUUUGAUAAGCACUACGCGUCCACCUCGCCAUCGUCAUCUGUGUUUGAUCACGCCGACAUUUACGUUGGCGGUCGCGGAGACCAGGAGCCUGAGCUUACCAGUAUUAUGAUUGCUUCCGUCGACAAGCAGGCUGCGACAUCAUCUUCAAAAAUGCGGUUCGCAAAAGUCGGGGCUGGUACUACCACUGCAGGCGGGUCGUCUUUGUCUUCGUCGGAACGAGACGAAGGUGCUCGCUCAAGAAGACGACACGCCGACGUACAGAUGACGGAAUCGCUAAAAACCGAGGGUCACAAUACGGCGUCUUCCACCGCGAGCGCAAGCAAACCUGUAAAGCACCGUGCGCGCGAGAUCGCAAUCCAAACAGAUGGACCAGGAGUCAUGGGCGACUCAGGACAACCACAGUACUCGAUUGGGGCACCUGGUGGUGCACUUCCGGCGUUUGGUGGAGCUGGAGCGGCAGCGCCACCGUAUGCAGCUGCGCCCCAAGCCGCGCCGCCCUACGUUGCAAUGGGAUCGCAGCAUCAUCAUCCGUACUACCCCUGUCCACCGCAUGCGCCGUCGAUGCUGGCAGGUGCAGCAUCGCCGUUCCUUGGGUAUUACCCGCCGCCGUACUAUCCGCAGUACGGAGCGUCGCUGGGAGCUUCCUAUCAGCCUCAGUGGACAUCAGGAUCCAGGACGGUGCCGCUCUCUGAGCACGAGAGCCAGCGCUACAGCCAAAUGCGCCGAGACCUCUUCCGGAAUGCGCUGCAACAGGGUAGUACACAGGCGGAAGGUACUUCCACCGAAGAAACGGAAGAGAUGUUUUUAUUGUCCUGCUGCGUCUCUUGCUCUUCAAUCAAGUUUGAGAGGUCUGCCCUUCUUGAAGAGUCACCUGCCUUGAGCAAGUUUUAAUACUUGAUCAAUGAUCAAGGCAGUUUAUUGAUAGAAUGCACAAGAUUGGCGAUCGUGAGAGUCAUAGUGUACGAAUCGGAAAAUCCUGACAUCUGCAUCUGGAUAUGUUGGAUUGAAAUGUACACAUUCCGAAACCAAUAAAAGCGAGGGCUAGUAAGGGCUCACUUUGAUCUACCCAGGCGCAGGCCCGACCGCGCUCUCCCGUACAGCUUCUUGGGCUGAAACGCAGGACGAAGACGGCGUCGCGCACGGCCAGACAACCCCGCCGCUUGCUUCGAAAUCCAACACGACCUUGAAAGACGAAGAGUUUAUGCCUCCGUCACGAAUUCCACCAACAACGGUACCGCGCAACUCGGCCGAGGCGGAAAAGGAAAACGUACUUCCAGCCCGCUCCGAGCACGGUGUAGACCCAGCGCCUGCGAGGGAUCCGCUCGGUCCUAUGCGUAUCCACCGUGAUAAAUGUAAUGCAGCCGCACCAGACGUGAUACGAUAGGAGUAGGACUAGGAGUUGUUCUACAGCUACAGCAGGCAGAAUGACAGUUAUAAAGUCGUGGCGAAAAUAGAAUUACAGGACGUCAACGCCGGCGAAGUACGAUGUGAUACGGGUGAGUCCACCAACAUGCGUAUAUCAAUCGAGGUGGGAAAUAAGCCGGGUUGUCAGUCGAAAGUCGCACAGACUUCAUAUCGUUCUACAUGUGCGGUUGUAAAGAACUGGUGAAGGUCCAUAAUGCGCACGCCGUUGUUGCAAGCCUUGGAACUGGUAUCAAACUUAAACAAAAAGAUCGUGUUCGUCACGAAUACUCCUGCGCAUUUUUGCAAUACAAAACGAAAAUUUUCUGUCAUGCGUAAAAUUGCAUGACAGUCGGGUCGCAUUUACUUACCACUUGCGUUUGUCUUUUUGCAAUGCACGAAAAUCAAAAUAAUUCAACGAUGCCAGAAAAAAAUCGGAUGCAAACAAACGAGCAAAACAGGGGCUAUGACCACGAGCUUUUUUCUUUCCACAUUUGGUGGACCAAAACUUCGUUGAUCAGUUCAAACUGCUGCGCGCCCAGGCCGCCAUUCACCGCGAGCGGAUGCUCAGUUUGCAGAACCGACGCCCUGGCUUCAGAUACACUAACUCCGCAGACUAGGAAUCGCCACAAGUCCUCCCUCAUUUGAAGAGUAUGAGCCAGAUUUGAUGAAGUGCGCUGGUGCCUCCAGUCGCUCUUCCAGCACAUACACCAAGAGAAGUAUGCUUACCUUGACAUCCCGAUCGCCUGCUCGGAGAGUGCUUAGCUCUCGACACUGCCUCAGCUUCGGCCAUGCUUUUCUGAUUUUCGAGUCUAGUGACAAACUACUGACUGUGCGCAAGUCUUGCACUUGGUGCGAGCUCUUGGUGGCCACGGGCGAAUAGUUAUAACGUUCCGUAUGUCUUCUUUUACAGCAUGGCUACAUACGUAGUUACUACGUAUGUAGCCAUGCUGUUGUCGGCCGUUUGAGUAUGAUAAUGAUUGCUGCAGUGCACCAUCAGAAGUGGGCUGUCGCCCGUCGCCUUUCUGUGCGCACCAUCAGACGCGCAUUAAAUCGCGAUGCUUGUAAGUGUGUAUAACUCCGCGUUGAUCACUAAGCUCGGUGGCGCUUUUGUUUCCGGCCUGCUUUACUGCACACGCAAGAAGCUCGCCGCUGGGCCUACAAGCUUGGGGCUUAACUCUCCUGUUCGACUUUCUCUCUUCCCAUGAGGCGACGGGUCGGGAGAUUGUUUUGUUGGGGGUUGAAGAUGCUCCUCAGCGCUUAGGGUUCUUGCAUCUUCUGGACACCGAGCGUGAGGGUGGUAGCGCGAAGUGAACCCCGAUCGGACUUCCCUUCACUGCUAAAACGGGUGGUGUUGCGUCGUCCGAGAUGCCUGGCUCUCAAUGCAAUCCAGUGCAAACAAUUAACAUUCAGGAAGGUUAGGUGGUUACAACAGCAGUUUCUGGCUCGCCUUGGCAGCUCGUACAGUGCCGAAGAAGCUUGCGCUAAAUUGUAUUUAUGUCGGAUUGAAGCACCUACGCUUCCGUGUAAGUAUUCAUAGUGUCUUGCCGGCGCCGGUUCGCCUGGGUCAUCUUCACUUGCCAGUAACUACGACUUGGAAGUUGCGGCGUCCAGCAUCAUCUCAUGCAAGAUCUCGUGCCAAAUGCAAAAGACGGAGAGUCGAAUACGAAUUGUGAGGUUUCGCUUUAUUUUGCAUGAGUACUACAGCUACAAACGAGGGAGGGGGAUUUGCGGACUCUCCAUACAGACGUGAAGCGUCUGCUCGCGGAGCAGACCAAGCGACUCAACCGCGCAGCGGGGCGAUAG